GCGCUGAUACCAGCCAUACAUUUAUGUACUCGGACAGCAAAAUAAGAUCUACGAUGAGAGUUGGCUCCCUUUCCUCCAGAUAACCCCGCAGCCACCGGCCCAUUCCGAAGAGAGAGCGACGCCAUCUAGAUAGUUACCCCGCAUCUCCGCACUCUCACUGCGCCUACCAGUAUAGUACUCCUCAGCGAGCAACAAGUCCGUGUCCAGAUCCCUUGACCGUACUUGCAGCCAGCCAGUGCUGACUGACAUCUCCCCGCCAGCCCAUCCAUCCGAUCCAGCGCCAUGGCAUCAUCGAACCUCGCCCUGGGCGCGAUAGAGAUCUACACGACCUGCCUCCGCGGGUACACCAUCGUGACAGCGGCACUAACAGAAUCCGAUGACCAGCAGCUGCUGUACCAGCGGAUGCGCACGCAGCGCGCCCGUCUCACCGUGUGGGGCGAGAAUUGGGGGAUCGAUCCGCACACGGCGGCCGCAUCGCGACACCACCCGCGGUACUCGAGCACCGGGAAACUGCAGUCUCACCUCGAGAGCGGCAUCCGCACCGGGAAUGAGAUCCUCGAUACGCUGAAUGCCAUCGCGGAUCUGUUUGUCAAUGGCCGUGUGCUCCAUGACGCCUAUGGCCUGGCAAAGAUCGCGGAGGCGCAGGAGAGACGCGAGCUGAGGGAUCCCGAUGUGGCGGAUAUCGCGCUGAAUGGCAUCAGUCGCCUCCCCAUGUCGAAGCUCCGGCUGGAUAAGAAUCGUCUCGCUAUCGAUUAUCUUGGCCACUGUCGCUGGAUCAUCCACGACCCCUCACGCUUCGAGAUACUCCUCGAACGGCUCCGUCACCACACGGAUGAUCUCUACAACCUCUCGCCGCCGCAAUCCCGCGAGAUGAUGGACCGCGCUCUGGUCGCGGAGCUCCUGGCGGGCCACAGCCACGUGCAAACCCUGCUGCACAUACACAACGCCGCCGCCGACGACGCGGCCGACCGCUCCCCUCCGACCAAAGGCUUCUUCUCCGACUCGUACAUGACGCUCUCGCAAGCCGCCAAACUCCGUGCGCGCGCCCACAUCGACCCCUUCCUGCGCCGGCGUCUCAUCCGCCCGCCCACAGUCCUCGUCCGGGAGGACUUCGUCCUGCACCCGACGACCACCUGGAACGCCAGCAACUCAGCGUGCCUCGCCACAACUGCCCACCUCCCCGAGCGCCUGGUACUGAUUGAGUUCUCGUCCUACCUAGUCGCGAAGCGCCCCCAGCGCCGCCUCGAAGACAGCAUCCACAGCCUGGCGGAGCUCCUCGCGGCGUCCAGCAAGCCGGCGGAAUUCCGCCUGCUCCCAUGCAGCGGGUACUUCCACGACGCCACGCACGGACGGUACGGCUUCGUGUACGACCUCCCCUCCUACCUUCGCCCGUCCACGCCGUCCUCCUCCCUCUCUCUCCGCCGCCCGACCACCCUUCACUCCCUCCUGCACGCGCUCCGGGACCCGAUCGAUCUCGGCGCGCGCUUCACACUGGCCAAGCAGCUCCUCGCCACGCUGCACAUCAUCCACGCGUGCGGGUUCACGCACAAGAACAUACGGCCGAGCUCGAUCCUAUUUCUAGCGGCGGAGUCGUCAGACCGCAAGGGGCCGUCGAAGUCGCGGCGGGUCGCGCUGAACAAGCCGUUCCUUAUGGGCUGGGGCGUUAAUGUCGAAGAGCCCGAUAAGGCGCAUGAACGCGAGAAGGAUCUAUACUCCCACCCGACUCGUCUGAGGUACCCCGCGAGACCGUAUAUCCCCGCCUUUGACAUCUUCGCGCUCGGGGUUGUGCUCCUGGAGAUUGGGCUGUGGCAGAGCGCGGAUAGUUUCGCGGCAGAGAUUACGGAUUUCUCCACGGAGGAGUUUAGGAAUGUGCUCAGGAAGAGGGUCGUCCCCGACCUGAGGAGUCAGUGCGGCGCCGUCUAUGAGGGCGUCGUACAGCAGUGUCUCGGCAUCAGCGGCGAGGAGGGCAGGGACCUUAAGGAGGAGAGGGAGAUGGAGAAAAUGCUCGUGUGGGAUCUGAUGAGGGGGUUGUGGGGGUGUAGUGCGUAGUCUACUAUGUAGUAGUAGUCGGAUGGUGCGCGCGCGGGUGCGGAGAUACCAUUUGAAUCUUGAUAAUUGUGUGCGAUUUACUAGGUAGAUAGCUGUUUUUGGAUUCCAACCGAUUACCGAUGCCGAUGUGUGGAUAGUACUAUAGUUGAACUCCUGUAGAAACAUGCGAUUGAGCUGUCACGUAGAAAUGCCACGCAG